AUGGGUCAAGAUUGCUGUUAUCCUAGUCGUUAUCCUUAUCAGGCAACACCAUACCAAUCGAGCACUGGCUAUUAUCCACCACCAUCUUCUAAUUAUUUUCCGCAUCAUCAUCAUUUCUCGUCACCGAUACCUCAAUAUUGUCCACCACCAUCUUCCAUGGACUAUUGUCCACCACCACCAUCAAUGGAUUACUGUCCACCGCCACCAUCCAUGGAUUACUGUCCGCCACCAUCUUCAACGGGCUACUGUCCGCCACCACCUUCAACGGGCUACUGUCCACCACCACCAUAA